UGGGCGUUGUUACCUAACCGGAGGGUUUUGAGUCCUGUCAUCUAAACCUGACCACAAACCGUUAGCCAUUAAAGUUUCUUAUUUGUAAUUAUGGCACAUUGGAUGUACGUCACUAAAGUUACUUUCUCAGUGUCCUCUUGUUUCUUCAUCUAACGGAAGGUGCAUCCUACAAUUAUGGAGUUUUGAAAACGAAAGCCAGAGUUCUGGGGGGAAAGGUGGCCUUUCCCCUCAAGUUGGCUGGUUGGGCUGCUGGAGGUGAAGGUUAGGGUUUUCUUUUUUUCUUUUUUUUCUUUUUUUUUUAAAUUGUUGCCUUUUGUAAAUGGUUGGAUAGAAAAAAAAAUAUUUUUGCAAAUCUUGAGAUGUACAUUUUUGUAUGAAACGUAAGUUAAGUUUUUUUUUGUAUUUUUAUUUUUUUUUGUGAAUUCACGAUGCCGUUACAUGCUGCAAGCAGCUUAGUCUGUGUUUGAUCCUCGGGCGACAUGGUGGACUGAAGAAAGGGACGGAAAAGCUGUGGGGUCGCUAGGGUGCGGUGGAACCUCAACACAAGCACAAUUCUAGCGCUCCAAACCACCUCGGCCAUUUUUUGGAUACUUUGCUUUCCUUGGAAAGCUUUUUUUUCUUCUGCAAAAAAAAAAACAAAACAAAAAAAAAAAAAUAACAAUUGAGCUGCAGUGUUAUUAGCUUGUUACAAGGCAUCGCAUCCACAAGUUUUUCAGAUUGUUUACAUUUGUGGGUGGUGGGCUAUCAGACUCUGACGGAAGUGCACGAGACUUCAGGGAAGACUUUUUGUUUUUAAAGAGGUCAGGAUGAGUCUGGCAGCUCCAGACUGCACCCCAAAAUGCAGGUCCCAGCAACACGCAGACCAGGUGGUCGCGGCAUUAACUAGUGGCUCUGAAGGGAGGCUCCGGGCAUUCCUGACUUCACACUGCCACAAUGCAACCAGCUUGCGGGACGCCUUCGGUCGCACAGCGCUUCACCUGUCAGCCUCUCUUGGAAAGAAGGCUCUGCUGGAGUGGCUGCUGAGUAGCAAAGGCGCUGAUCUGAUGCUGAAGGAUAAAGAAUCUGGCUGGAAUGCCCUGCACCGCAGUGCCUUCUACGGACAGAUCCACUGUCUCAUAUCACUGGUCAAGCAUGGUGGACUCUUGUCCACCCAGGACAAGGAGGGCCUCUCUGUCCUGGACCUGACGAUGAAAGACAGACCAUCACAUGUUGUCUUCAAAAACACAGACCCAACAGAAGUGUACAUGUGGGGAAACAAUACUAAUUUUAGUCUGGGCCACGGCAACCAGGAGAGCCGUCAGCACCCUGAGCUCGUGGACGUGUUUGCCAGGACAGGAGUUUACAUCAAGCAGGUGGUCCUGUGUAAGUUCCACUCUGUGUUCCUGUCACAGAAAGGCCAGGUAUUUACCUGUGGACAUGGACAAGGAGGGAGACUUGGUCAUGGAGAUGAACAGACCUAUCUGGUCCCUCGCAUGGUGGAGGGUCUGAUGUCCCACCGCUGCUCCCAGGUGGCAGCAGCCAAAGACCACACAGUGGUGCUGACGGAGGAAGGCUAUGUUUAUACGUUUGGUCUCAACACCUUCCACCAGCUGGGCCUGACUCCUCCUCCUGCCUCGGCAAAUGUUCCUAAACAGGUGUUCUCCAAAAUGCUGAAAGGCAGGGCAGUGGUCGGAGUGGCUGCAGGGAGGUUCCACACAGUGCUUUGGACCAGAGAGGCGGUGUAUACGGUGGGACUGAACGGCGGGCAGCUGGGUUACCUGCUUGACCCAAAUGGGGAGAAGUGCGUGACGACACCCCGCCAGGUGUCUGCUCUGCACCACAAGGAUGUUGGCAUCGCUAUGGCAGCAGCUAGUGAUGGAGCAACAGUCGUCGUGACUGAGAAAGGGGAUGUUUAUCUGCUGACUGACUACCAGUGCAAGAAAAUGGCUUCAAGGCAGCUAAACAUCAAAAAAGUCCUGGUCAGUGGUGGCAGUCUGGACCAUCGAGUACAUCCGCAGAUCCUUAAUGACAGUGGAGGGGAAAAGAUCGCCAUCUUGGCGUUGGAUGAAGCAGGGAGAGUGUUCUGCUGGCGCUCCUCUGGCAGCGCGGUGAGACAGUGCAGGUGGGCGUAUCCGCGUCAGGUUUUUAUGUCGGACAUCGCCCUUAGCAAGGAUGGCCUGAUGUUUGUGACGCCUGACGGGGAAGGCUUUAGCGGCGUAUGGGCCGGGGAAUGUAAAAAGUUCGGAGAGAAAAAAGAGGUCAGCGUGGAGGUUUCUGGUCCUUCGGACGCUGGCACCAUGUAUGAGCGAAUCCGCCUAGAGAGGCUCCCUUUUGUCCACAGAGCUGUCAGCAUCACGAUGGACUCCAAAGGACGAAAUUUUGGAGUGCUUCAAGCUGACCCCAAAACUAGCUUGUACGAGGUUCCCAGCAUCUCUCCGUCCUCCUUCACCCAGCACUUCCGCAGCCUUCUGGAGGAGGCAGACGAAACGGACAGCAUCCACGAUGUGACGCUUCAGGCUGGCGAGCGCAACUUUCCCGCCCACAAAUACAUCCUGUCCAUGAGGUCCGACUUCUUCCGCAAGCAGUUCAUGUCCGAGUGUUGUGAGGUCAACGAGGAGCUCGAUAAGGAAGUGAGAAGGAGCGAAGAUGCCGUCGGCUGCGACUUACUCAUUCUGGAGAAAGUCCCAGCGGACAUGCUGGAACACGCGCUGCGCUUCAUCUACACGGACUCCUGCGAGCUGCUGGAGCACGGGGCUCGGCCGAGAGGCUCGGCCAUGUCAACCGGCCAGAACCAGGACUCGGAAAACGAGAGGCUUAUCAGCAGUCUGCAGGACCUGGGUCUGAGAGGAUGCUCAGCCCUUGAGGUGUAUCAUUCCCUCUCCCCUUCAACCAAAGGUGACAACGACAAGGCUAAGAACAAGGGCUCCAAGUCGAGCAAAAAGGGGAAGGGAGGCAAAGGGGACAAGGCCAGAGGCCACGAAGGAGGGGCCAACCCUGUGAAAACCCUGCAGGGCGUCGCUAAAAAGCUCGGCCUGGGGAGCCUGUCGGCACGACUGGACAGUGUGAAAUACGAAAACGGGAAGAUUAAUGUGAUCCAGAAGAAAACUGGCAGCAAGCUCAAAUUUCUCCAGAAAAAAUGCUCCUAUCUUUGUGAUGUCACUCUGAAAUCUGAUGACGGGAAAGAGUUUCCAUGUCACAAAAGUGUCCUCUGUGCAAGACUAGAGUACUUUAACAGUAUGCUUGGAAACCCCUGGAUUGAGGCAACGUCAUGUUCUGCACUGGAGAUGCCCACCAGCUCAGAGAUCCUCCAGGUCAUUCUCGAGUAUAUUUACACAGACGAGUCUCCCACCAUCAAAGAGUCUCCCAAUGUUGAGUUUGUCUGCAACGUGCUGGUUGUGGCGGACCAGCUGCUCAUCACGCGGCUGAAGGAGAUGUGCGAGGUCGUCAUCACUGAGAACCUGACCCUGAAGAACGCCGCAGAGCUGCUGGAGUUUGCUGCCAUGUACAACGCGGAGCAGCUGAAACUCUCCUGCCUGCAGUUCAUCGUCCUCAACAUGGCGGCCUUGUUGGAGUCAAAGGCUCUGGAUAUUCUUAGUGACGAAGUCCUCGUGGAGCUUUCUGCGGCUUACAGAAGGAUGAUCCCAGCAAUGCAAAAGCGGGUUAUCACCCCGUAUCCUGGUGCACCAGACCUCAGUGCAUACGAGGAGGAUUUGGACUCUGCAUUCAGCCCCAAACCAGAGGGAGAACUGGAUCAGUCCUGCAGAGAAAUCCUUUUAAAGAAGGCAAAGGUGAAGGCAAAAAAGAAACCCAGGAGACGGUCUGACAGCUCAGGAGGCUAUACUCUCUCUGAUGUCAUUCAGAGCCCCCCUGUUGCAGUGGUGUCUCCUAUUCUGGUUAAGUCGGGGAAGGCCAACUCAACAGAGUCUCUGCAGGAGGUCCUCACAUCCGACUCAGAGGGAAGCUACAUGGGAGUCAGCAGUCCCAGAGACGUGCAGUCUCCCGUCUUCCAUGACAAAGCUGAGGAUGAACGCGCAUUCAGUCAGACGCUAAAGACCCCACCCAGCACUCCAACUUCCCUGAGAACCAACCUUCCUAUUCUCCUGCCAACUCCCCCCAGUUCCAACCCAAAGAACAUCCUCAAGGUGAUUUCAUGUCCUGCUCAUCCACCGCCAGUCUUGGAUCUGAGAACCAUCAUGGAUAUGGAGGCCAGCUCUCUGCAGACUCUUGGUGCAACUCCUAAAAGCCCUGUGAUGGUCACUUCCAACAUCAAACACUCCCCUGUUUCCUCCAAACUGUCCCAGAAGCAGAGGAAGAUGUUAGCCAUGGCCAAUAGGGAGGCCAGUGUGGAUUCUCCAUCAUCCAAAUCGGCCCCCAUAGGGACUCCAUCCAAAAGCAGCGAGAAGGCUUGGGCAACAGCUGUCCAGUCCCCACCCUCUUCAUGUUCGUUUCGGGCUCUCCUAGAGGAGGAAGAAAAUCGCUUGACGAGAGCGGGGCAACCGGGACCGCAGAGGGUCCAGAGCGUCCCGGGACCUUCCGUCAGCGCCACGCCGGCCGCCAGGAGGGUCACUUUCAAAAGCUCCGAGAGCAGCGAGCCAGAGAAGCCCACUGGGCCCUGGGUGCUGGGUGCCGUGGGCAGCCCUCCCCUCUCCUCCCUGGUGACCUUCGCUUCCAUCGUGGAGGAGGAGGAGCAACAAGAGGCCGCGCUGAUCCGCUGCCGAGAGAAGCCGCUGGCGCUCAUCCAGAUUGAAGAGAGAGCCAUACAGGACCUGCUUCUCCACUAUAAGGCACGAGACAACCCAGAUGAGCUGAUAGUGGUGGAGACAACAGCCAGAGGUCCCAUGGCAGCCCCAACCUGGCACAAACACUAAGGAUGACUGAUGGUGUGACAGCACAGCGUCAGCGCACCAUCAGAGUGAAGAAUUUGAAUCCAGAUCCCACUUUUAAAUUGUUCCACCUCUGCUGGGGUUCUGGUUAAACGGCGUAACUCAUUCAGUCCAUUUUGAGGCAGAUUUCCCCUCUGUGUUGCUGCUGUAUUUAUGCUCUGUGUCGUGUUUAUUCGAACGGGAGAGAACGACUGCUUUGUCACGAAAUGCUCCUAUUGGGACUUUUUUUUUUGGGAGGGUGGGCUUCAUUCGCUGUUCUAUUUCUCAGCAAAACAACAAUACAGAGUAAACACAUUUCCUUAAUAAAUCUUUUUUGUCAUGUGAGGUUGCCAAAGAAUUGAAAUUAGGUGGAGAACUUCAGGCUGCAAAAGUGGGUCCAAACUAAAUCAGAGCUUGCCAGUGUGUCUAAUCGGUGGAGUUUCUCAGUUUGAUUGUGACAUUUAAGAGUGCCAACCAUCAGCUGGGAGAGCGUCAGCUUUAAAAACUAGAUUUUGUAGAGGUGCACCGAUCAGGCUCGUCCUGGCUGAUACCAGUUUUUGGUUUUGAGGUCUGAUCUGCUGGAUUUAGAUUUUUUUGUCCAUCUCCAAGAAACUAUAUGCUGCAGGUUCCUUGAUAGAUUCAGUAGUUCAUAGAGUCUUACGGAAAAUGAAGGAAUUGCAAGGUUACUCUCUUGGUCACAUCAAAGCACAAGUCCCAUUUUACUCGACUCUAAACGUCGAGCAUCAGCGUGCCAUUUGAUGGAUUUAUAGCGCAGAGAUGGUGGGAGUUUUUUGGUUGUGAUGCUGUUGAUGAAUCGGAGAGAAAAUGUCUGAUUUUUCAGCGUUAGACCUGAUGAUUUUAGGAGAAAUCGGCCAAUUCUGAUCUCGUCUGACUGAUCGGUGCAUCUGUUAUAUUUCUUUUUGUUCACAGAUGUUCUCAGCUUUAAUAUUACCAGUGAGCUAGUGAUUACAGGAUCAGUAUCUUUUGAAUGGUAUGCAGUGAAAAUGCAUCAUGCAAUGCAGUUACAGUGAACGCUAAACCAAGGCUCUGGGGGGAAGGAGUUUUGUUGUGAAACUAGUGCUAACCAUUGUGUAGAGACGGCGAUCUACAGAUUUAAAUCUCCUUUAGCUCUGUGAUGUUCCUUGGUUCCUCUCAGCUUUUUUGCCUCAAGCCAGUUGAAGUUUGGUACCUCCGCUUUAGACCUCAUUUUCUCAUCUUAAUAUACCACAUUUUGCUUUUGUCUAAGACUUAAGGAUGUGAAAACAAACCGGCAUGCAAUAAUAAAAUCUCUCAUCUGUGCAAUAAACUUGUCACCUAUGUUUUAUAUUGGAUUUCAGUGAUUCAGAUUAAAGAGGACUUCUGUUGUCUUAAUUUGCCACCUUACUUACCCGACAUUCAUUGUCAACUUCUGAUUAAUCUUCUUUUCAGUAUUGAAUAAAAAUGCCAUUUAUUCCCCACAUCUCAUCGUGCCACAUCGGCCGCUGAAUGAGAGAAGGGCAAUUAUGAAGUCUCAGUCUGUGAUUAACUGUGAUGACCCUGAUCUCAGCAGAGAGGAUGGCGAUUGAGGGAUUUUAUUGGCCGUAAUUGAACACGGAGCGUCACGUCGGAAGUCCGAGAGGGACGACUCAUGGGGGAAAAUGUUAAUGACAGAUUAGGAUGUAUUAGCUAGGGCAGAGAUGACACAUUAGUUGAAGGAAAAACGUUUUCCUUUUGACCUCGCGCUAAUGCGAUGUGGAAGAUUUAUAAUUUUUCAAAUGGACUGCUCAUUGUGUUUGUGCUCAGAAUGAAAAUGUAGUCUGUGCACAAAAUGUCUGACAAGUGGUUUAUUGAGCACAACGACGAACCUUCCUUUUAAUGUGGAGGUCUGUUUUCAGUCUUCAUAUAUGAUUUGUUUUUUGUCGUUGCAGCACAUUUGGAUUCGCUUACAAAACCUUGUGUUUAAAAUAUUGUGAUAUUUUGUUCAUUAAAAGAUUUCAACUUA